UUUUCCCUAUUUGCAUUUUUAAGAACUUUUAUUUUUUUCCCGCUGGUAUAUUUGAUAUUUUGUCUGCACGUCAUACCACUUUAAUCUGACCCAGACACACAGGCAUUUCGCUAGCCUCGGAGAUGUUACUUGACGCCGGACCCCAGUUCCCGGCCCUGGGUGUUGGCACAUUUGCCAGGCACCAUCAUCAUCACCAUCACCAUCAUCACGCCGCGGUGGCAGCCGCAGCCGCGGCGGCCGCAGAGAUGCAGGAGCGGGAGCUGAGCUUGGCGCAAAACAGCUUCGUAGAACCAGCUCACAUGGGCGCAUUCAAGCUCAACCCGGGUGGAGGCUCCGGUGCAGGCGGUGGAAGCAGUGGCGGGGCAGGAUCCGGGUCGGCUGGUGGAUCUGGGGGUAACGGACCCCACGACCUGUCCUCCCCGGGGCAAAGCUCGGCAUUUACCUCCCAGGCUGGAUACCCCGCCUCUGCCCUGGCUCCCCAUGCAGCCUACACGGGCGCAGCCUUUAACAGCCCCCGGGACUUCUUGUUUCGAGGACGCGGCUUUGCGGAGGGGGCUGCUGCCGCAGGAGGGGGUCAGCAUGGCUUGUUUGGACCCCCAGCGGGCAGCUUGCACCACCAUCCCCAUCACCACCAGCUUUCACACGGGGAGCACCCCCAGAGCCACCUGCUUUUUCCCGGGAUCCACGAACAGCACGCAGCCGCCUCUCAAAACCCACUGGGCGGGCAGAUGAGAUUGGGUCUGCCAGGGGAAGUGUUCGGCAGGACCGAACAGUACCGCCAGGUCACCAGCCCCAGGGGGGACCCCUAUACUGCAGCCCAACUACAUAACCAGUAUGGCCCCAUGAACAUGGGCAUGAACAUGGCAGCGGCUGCCCACCAUCAUCAUCACCAUCAUCACCCGGGGGCCUUCUUCAGGUACAUGAGGCAACAGUGCAUUAAGCAGGAGCUCAUCUGUAAGUGGAUUGAUCCCGAACAGCUCAGCAACCCCAAGAAGAGCUGCAACAAGACUUUCAGCACCAUGCAUGAGCUAGUCACCCAUGUGUCGGUGGAGCACGUUGGGGGACCCGAGCAGAGUAACCACGUCUGCUUCUGGGAGGAAUGCUCCAGGGAGGGCAAACCGUUCAAAGCCAAAUAUAAACUGGUCAACCACAUCAGAGUCCAUACCGGGGAGAAGCCCUUCCCUUGCCCCUUCCCUGGAUGUGGCAAGGUCUUUGCCCGCUCGGAAAACCUUAAAAUCCACAAAAGAACUCACACAGGGGAGAAGCCUUUCCAGUGUGAGUUUGAAGGCUGCGAUAGACGCUUUGCUAACAGCAGCGAUAGGAAGAAGCACAUGCAUGUGCACACCUCGGAUAAACCCUAUCUGUGCAAGAUGUGUGACAAGUCCUACACCCACCCCAGCUCCCUGAGAAAACACAUGAAGGUGCACGAAUCUUCCCCUCAAGGUUCAGAGUCGUCGCCUGCUGCCAGCUCUGGCUAUGAAUCAUCUACCCCCCCAGGUCUGGUGUCCCCCAACACUGAAACACAGAACACUAACCUUUCCCCAGCCAGUGCAGCUGUGAAUGCUGUGCACAGUGUGUCCAACGGGGCUGGAGGUGCCCUCUCCUCAAACUUCAAUGAGUGGUAUGUGUAAGGGCCUCUGUGGCUCAACUGGGACUUUAUGAAGGCCACCUGAGACUUUCCAGGACUCUGCACUUACCAGCAGUGCCCACUGUGCUUCUCACAGCACCAAGGGGACUUCACAGAAAGGAGCUCGAACAUCAGCAAGAUGUGACCCACACACUGCAGUGACAAUGAAGAGACUUGGCACCAAGCAAUCAUUAUUUAUUUCCCUCUACCCCACAAAAAGAUGAGACGCUGGUUUUACCCUAAACUGAUCUCCCACUUCUCUCGUGUACAUAUGAUUCCUCCACCACAGGUGAAAGGACACUGAAGGACCCUUCCAUGUAUAAAAGUCUUAUUCCGAUGUACAUACGGCUUUACAUUAACCAGGAUGGAUUGUCUAUAUUGGUUCAUCCAUAAAAAGUGAGAUUUUUUUUUUCCACCCCGUAUUUUUUUCUCAUUGUAAUUUUUGCUUAUUGUGUCCUUUUUUUUUUUUUUAAUUAAAGAAACUUGAUUGUAAUUUUCAAGCAGCUGGGCUGGGAAACAAUAAAAAUCCGUGCCAAAGUCUCUACUGUUUAUCUUAACUAUAAGAGGCAGUCCUUUUUACAGCAGGCUAGUGAAUGUACUUUUUAUGUUAACUGGGAUUUUCAUGUGCUGGUCUUGUGCUUUUGCAAGUUGAAUAUGUUAUUACUGUUUUUCAAAGACCUUUUGGGAGGGUGGUUUGGGAUGGGGGUAAAUAAACGUUGUGCAGUCCGCUUUUUUUUUUUCUCCCCAUGAUUAUCAGCCUAUUUCUUGUAAAUACUUUUACCAUAUUUAUCCAUUUGUAAUUAAAUUAUGGUAUUAACCUGCUACAGAGGAAACAUUAUUUAUAAAGAUGGUUUCAUAACUAUAAAUAUGUACAAUUGUGAGCAUAAAUUGUUUCAGAUUUUUUUUUUUUUAUUUAAAGUGGUUUCUUUAUUAUUUGUGAUCUGUUCUUGGAAUUAAUGCAUACACACCUAUAAUAAAAAAUGUGUUGAAACUGCAGAGCUUAUA